AUGGAAGAAUUUUGUGUUGAAAAGGGUAUCUUACACGAGUUUAGAGCUCCGUAUACUCCACAACAGAAUGGAGUAGCAGAACGAAAGAAUAGGACGUUGAUAGAGGCUGCUCGAUCUAUGCUGGCAGAUUCAAAGCUCCCACUUCCUGAGGAACCGUCAGAUGAGGAAUUGGUAAAUCUAUUUCAGCAAUAUUUGUCAUCCUCACAUCAACAAGUGCCAAGACCGAUGGUGGUUACUGAAGAUCAUCCAGAAGGUGCACAUGAUUCGGAAGCAGGCCCUACCAACACUCAGAAUGAUUCUCAAACUCAGACAAUAGAAACAGAUGCUUCAGCAGAAAAUGUUCCAGCCAUAGUUGUUGAAAUCACGAAUGAUUCUGAUUCAGAUAGUCCCACAUUUGAUCAAGGAGAUACUGACUCUUAG